AUGCCUUUCUUUCAACCACCGAAGACGCCACGAUGGAAAUACAAAACUGGGGCCUACCGCACACUGCAAGACCUCGGCAGUUUCCUAGGAGGCAUCGCAACAACCAGCGCUGCAACACCCCACAGCCUAGCUGCAUCUGCCUCGCCGACCAACAUUCCGAGCAUGGGCAGGCGCUCCCAAAAAACGCGCACCCCAGCAGAGGGCAGAGAUAUAGGAGCCAUGCUCCAGCGACCGGCGCAACCUAAGCCCACCACCACCAAUGGACAACCAGACAAGGUGCAGAAUCCGACGCUACAACAACAUGAGCCCGAGAGCCUGCAAUACUCACCAACACCCAUGGCCGAGUCUCCAGAAUCAGCCGAUGACACUGCACCGACCACCAAGAAGGACUUAGAACUAAUGCUUGCCGAAAUCCAUAAACUCGGCCAUUCUUAA